UACAUUCUGAUACUGGCUCACUAGGUCACAAACUAGGAAUACCAUCAGUCCAAAACUCUGUUGGGGAGGCAAUAGACAAGCUCUCAGACAACACAACGUUUUUGUGUGCUAAUUUCAGUACUUUAGGAAGAGGAAAGUCUUUAGACAUUGUUUGAAGACAGCCAGUGACUCAGCUGUUCGAACAUCUAGGGGAAACUCAUUCCACCACCUUGGUGCCAGAGAAGAGAAGAGAAGAGUCAAAAAAAGGAGCUCAUCAUAAAAUCUCACAUGACUGACUGCAGUGAGCUAGAAGAGAAAUAACAGCAUACAGAAGGAGGUCAAAUUUCACACUUUAAUUAGAGGUCUGUCUUUAAGAAACACGGUGACAAGAUUAAAAUGACCCAGCUUUCUUCAUCUGAAGUUGUGCUGAAGGACACAGCUGAGGCUGUUAUUGUUCCAUUAAAAGACGGCAUCUCCUCCCUGAACAGAGUCUACGAGGCCCUGAUUAAGGCAGAUGUCCAUCCUGUUACUGGGCAAUGCUCCAACUAUGACUACAUCAGACAGCAGAUAGUGCAGGCUCAUCUGCACCUGGAGAGGUCAGAACAGACGGCCAGUUCAGGGUUAAAGAGUCUGGAUAAAAACUUAGAAAGCCUUACACAAGACGAGGGAAAACUCCAGUGUGAGAAGAGUAGCACCGAGACUCAUUUACAAAACUUGAGAACAGAGCAGGGAUCUAAUGAAAAAUUACACAGAAAAUCUCAAGGAGCUUUGGAGCAGGCCAGGAGAAAUCUGAAUUCAACCAAACAGACACUUCGGGAUCAGGAACGCAGGAAAAAAACUGCUGGAAUCGUCACAGGAGUAGGGGUUGGACUGUUUGCUAUACCUGUCAUUGGAUGGGUUGCGGGCUCUGCCAUGGUGAUUGGUGGUGCAGUUGAAUUGGAUCAAGCAGAGCAUGCUAUCAGAGUGGCUGAAGAGGAAGUGGAGAAGUCUGAGACUGACAUGAAAAAAUACGAAAGUAAAGUGUCCAAAUACAAGUCCAAGAUUUCCCAGACCUGGUGUGACAUCAGACAGAAAGAUGACAAGCUGAAGCAGACACGUGAAGGAAUCCAGAAGGUGAAGAAGCAGAUCAAGUCUGUAGCUGAGUUCCAGCAGAAAGUGAGAAGAGCCGUCCACCUCCUGGGUGUUCUGAGCGGGAGGGCCAGCGUGGCUAAACGUCAGACUCGCAGAUUCAUCCUCCAGGAGCCUGUGAUGAGGGUGAUGGAGGAUGUGAUGAAGGCCACAGAGCAAAUCACAGGGAAUGAGCCCCUCUAUUACAAUGACAUGCCAAGGCUCAUCAAUCGGAUGAAGGAGAACAGCCAACGACUGGCAGCCAUCUGUGCCUCGUAGAACAGCUCUACGAAUAACUACACUUAACACUUAUGUUGUUUUUAACAGACAUUUAUUGAAUAAUGGAUAUUCUGUCAAUUCUUCAAUCAGUAUAAUCUUG